AAAGUACAAGUAUCUUUAAUUUACUUACUUGAUUAAAUGUAAUACGUUACAUUCCACCACAGCUGAAAGGAAUUGGAGUAAAAGUGUAGUAAAUAAAGUACAAAUAUAUUUUUAAAUGUAAAAAGGUGCUGCUGUUAUAGUGGAUGAGGCAGAACGUUUCACAUUGACUUCUCUUUGGUUCCAGCCAUCUUUAGUUCCUAUCAACAGUACAGUUCUGUGCUGUCGGGAACUCAGAAGCGAAUCGUUGUCCAAACACAAACGUCUCUUUGGAACCGUAGUCCGGUAGACAACGAACUAUGAGCUUGUUUUCAUCGGGACGGACAAAUAACGUUGGUCUCUAAGCCGCCGCUGGGAGACCAGCACAAAGUGUCCGUGUGAACUACAGGUUCUACUACACCACUACGUUUGGAACACGCACGUCUGCAUGCUCCUGUACAGCAGUCAGCUGAUGAGGUGCUGAGUCAGCACACAUCUGGUCUCGUGGCUCGCUGCUGACUGAGAGGAAGUCUGUUUUCAGAAAGCAGCACAGAGACGCUGUUCAUCGGGCCUCAGCAGGCUGGAUCCCGUUCUGUCUGACUCCCACCACGCGAUCCUUGUGGGACCGAGAGCUGCAGUCACUUCCUACUGACUGAGUGUCCUGCUUCACGGUUUGCUUUCUUACCGGGACACAACAUGCUUUCCUUGGAGCAAGUGAAGCAGAGCUUAGAGAGCGCAGGACAGUCUCACAUCCUGCAGUUCUGGCCCGAGCUGUGUGAGGGGGAGAGACACGCGUUCCUCCGGGAGUUGUCCCAGCUGGAUCUAAAGGGACUGGAGGAUCACUGUGAAGGGGCUACGAGGGCUGCGGCCUCCCCGUCCGCCAGCCUGGACCAACACAUGGAGCCGGUCCCCCCGGAGUCCAUCGGCAGCAUGAGGAAGAGUGACAAAGAGUCUCUCGCAGUGUGGGAAAAUGAAGGGCUUUUGCAAAUCUCAGAGAAUGGAGUUGGAGUCCUGCUCUUGGCCGGCGGUCAGGGGACCCGUCUUGGUGUCCAGUAUCCAAAAGGGAUGUAUAAUGUUGGGCUACCAAGCAGCAAAACCUUGUAUCAAAUCCAGGCAGAGCGCAUUCACAAAAUCCAGGAGCUGGCCGACAGAAAGUAUGACUCAAAAUGCACCGUUCCAUGGUACAUAAUGACCAGUGAGUUCACUCUGGCUCCCACUGAGAAGUUCUUCAAGGAGAACAACUACUUUGGUCUGGAGCCGUCAAACAUUGUAAUGUUUGAGCAAAGGAUGAUCCCAGCAGUGACCUUUGACGGAAAGGUCAUCCUGCAGGGAAAAGGGAAGAUAGCCAUGGCGCCAGAUGGUAAUGGUGGUCUGUACCAGGCACUGGUGGACAACAAGAUGCUGGAGGACAUGAAGAAGAGGGGAGUGGAGUACCUGCAUGUGUACUGUGUAGACAACAUCCUGGUCAAAAUGGCCGACCCUGUGUUUAUUGGGUUCUGUGUGAGCAAAGGGGCUGACUGCGGAGCCAAGGUGGUGGAGAAGGCGUACCCUGCUGAGCCAGUGGGCGUGGUUUGCAGGGUGCGAGGCGUCUCCCAGGUAGUGGAGUACAGUGAGAUCCAACCAGAGACAGCUGAGCUCCGAGGACCUGAAGGGGAGUUGGUGUACAGUGCUGGAAACAUCUGCAAUCACUUUUUUACCAGGGCUUUCCUGCAGGAUGUAGCAGAGACAUAUAAAGGCCAACUGAAACAACAUGUUGCCUUCAAGAAAGUGCCCUUUGUGGAUACAUGUGGCAAUCAAGUCAAACCCACCAAACCAAAUGGCAUUAAGAUGGAGAAAUUUGUUUUUGAUGUCUUUCCAUUCUCAAGGAACUUUGUUGCGUUUGAGGUUGUGAGGGAGGAUGAAUUUUCUCCACUGAAAAAUGCAGACGGAGCAGCCACAGACAGCCCAACCACAGCCAGAAACUCUUUGCUGGCUCAACACUGCCGCUGGGCAACAGCCGCAAAAGCCACGCUGUUAGAUGAACGAGGGAAUACCUUUCCUUCUACAGCCAGGUCAGAGGACAAUGUUCCUGUAAACACCCUGCACUGACAGAUACAGUCAGAACUUGAACUCUUACCCUGUUUUUAUGGCAGGCAUUUGAACCUAGCAGGAAAAGCACAGGUAGAACCAACAACAUCAAUGAUGGCAAGAUGUUUACUGUGAGAAAGUCAAUUAAAUGUUAUAGUUCUAGUUUAAAAAAGCAGCCUGCCAGCACCUCUAAAGCUCACAACAUGUUAUAUCGUAUUUGUU